AUGGACCAGCAAUCCCAGAAGGCUCGCAACAAGGGUGUUGCUAUCUCGGCACUAAUUCGUGAUGAGCAAGAGCGCUAUCGUAUGCAUGACCCCCACCUCAUUACCGCUCUUGACGAGGUCUACCAGUACAUGACCACCAAAGUAGAUCCGAUCCUGACCAAGGUACUGGAAGAGGUGCUGUUGUACCAACCAGAUCAGACAGCCGACUUCCUCGCUAAUGCAGUGCGAGGAACCCUUAAUCUCAAGAAGUACAACUACAUGGAGCUAAAGCGACAGGUUUACUUCGACCGCAAGGUCCGUCAUUUAAUGAUACUAGCGACCAACAAUACUAUUCGAGAACGUCCUGCUGAUGUCCAAGCGUUCCUGGCGGAACUCUUUGAAGCUCGCUCCAAAUUCUACCGAUAA